AUGUCAUCAAACUCAAAAGGGAUCACCAGAAGUGAAGCACUGGAUGAAAGUAAUCAAUUGGAUCAUUCUCGACAUAAUCUAUACGACAAGAAGAUAACAAUGAUGCGAAGUUGUUCUGAGGUGACACCACGAGUAGAUUAUUAUUCCUCGUGGCCCGGUCAGUUGGCGCAUUCUAGAUCAGGCGCUUCAAGCGAAAUGCCGCUUAUUGGUGAAUGUCGCUACUGUGAUCAGAGCUGUCGCUGUUCUUGCUGUCCAUGCUGUGAUCAUCUUAUCAUCAUUUAUGCACCGUCUUCAAAGCCACGUCUUUCAAGUAUCACAUUCUCAACGGUAACAAGUGCUACCGGACUUCCGACAAUUGCUGCUGAACCUUCCAGGCCACGAUCAAGCAGCUACUGGAAGCAACCGGAUCGUGAAGGCUGUAAAAGUGGAACUAAUCCAGAGAAUAAGCAUCACCUUCAGCCACAAACAUCCAGUACUCCUAUAACUGAUACUAGUACAUUAAGCGAUCAAGGAAAGCAAAAGGAGGACACUGUGUUGACUAAAAUCUCCAAAAGUAGUUCAGGUACACAGGAUGGUGAGGAUGAUGUGAAUAUUGUGGCCUGCACUAGUUUGGAACGAAUUGAGGAAUCUGUGAUACGUACAUCAGAUGGUACAAAUUAUAGUUGUAAGGAAUUAAAUUCAGAUGAUGAAUUAGCUAGGAUUGCCGAAUGGGGCUUCCCUAUUUUCCGUUUUGCUGAACGUUAUCCAACAACAACACUUAGCAGGAUAGCUUAUUCAAUAUUCCGUGAACAUGGUCUGUUCCGGAUUUUCAAGUUGUCACCAAAUAAAUUUUUUAAUUUCUUUCAUUCAUUGGAAUGCGGGUAUUGGGACAUUCCUUAUCACAAUCGUAUACAUGCAGCGGACGUGUUACACGGGUGUUAUUACUUGACAUGUCAUCCAGUUUGUGCAUUUCUCGGUACACCAACUAAUAGUCCUCCUGAAUCUUCGUUAUCUAUUUCUGAUAACUCACCAUUACCUCUCUCAAACAGCAUGAGUACACUUGAACUUAUGGCUUUAUUCACCGCAGCAGCAAUGCAUGAUUAUGAUCAUCCGGGACGUACAAAUGCAUUUCUUGUUGCAGCCGAAGAUAAAAAAGCUAUUUUGUACAAUGAUCGGUCAGUAUUAGAAAAUCAUCAUGCCGCUGAAUCAUGGCGUCUUUUAUCGAAAUCAGAAAAUUCAUUUAUUGAAACUUUAGAUGCAGCUGAAACGAAACGUUUUCGAUAUCUUGUGUUGGAAUAUAUCCUUGCCACAGAUCUCAAACUACACUUCGAUAUCAUAAUGCAAUUUAAUGAAAAAGCACCAGAUAUGGAUCUUAGUAACGAAUCACAUCGUGUGAUCAUUUCACAAAUGCUCAUUAAAUUUGCUGAUAUCAAUAGUCCUUCUAAGCCAUACCCACUUCAUCGUCAAUGGACUGAUCGCAUUUGUGAAGAAUUUUAUGGCCAGGGUGAUGAAGAGAAAAGACGUGGUAUGGCAGUGUCACCAUAUAUGGAUCGAGAUGAUCCGGCAGUUGCCAAAUUACAGGACUCAUUCAUUUCUCAUAUUGUUAAUCCAUUAGCUGUUGCAUUGAAUGAAGCUGGUUUGUUGCCAAUUUUGCCAGGUUUGGAAGAACCUGAAUUAAUCAUUAACCUGAAACAUAAUCAUCAGAAAUGGCUCAAUGAACUUGAAGGGAAAAUGACUUCCACAAAAGUUAUGGAAUCAGGCAGUACUACUACUACUACUGCUACAACUAAUGCUAUCACUCAGCCAACUUCAUUAUCACUCAAAACAACUAAUCAUGUUAUCGUCGAAGAGAAUAGUAAUGAAGAACAAAACAGCGAAUCGUGUAGUAAAAAUUGUGAAAAUGAAAACGGAUAUUCAAGUGAACAUAUCCAGUGA